AUGAGCCAGCCUACUACAAUGGAAAGGAGUGGCUGGGGUUCCGGAGGAGAAGAAAGAAAGUCUGUUGUGUCUUCACGUAACAGUGUCAGCAUCCAGGGGCUCUCCUACACAGUCAGACAACGUCUUGGACCUUGGUGGGAUAUCCCAUCGUACCAUAAAAAGCGCACACGGCAGAUCCUCAGAGAUGUCUCAUUUCACAUAAAGAGUGGCCAGAUUAUGGCAAUUUUAGGAAACUCUGGCUCUGGAAAAACAACUCUGCUGGAUGCAAUAUCAGGAAGACUGAUACAUAAAGGAAAUUUCUUAGGUGACGUGUAUGUGAAUGGGCAGAACUUGAAGAAGGAACAAUUUCAGGACUGUUUCUCAUAUGUUCAACAGAAUGAUUCCUUGUUAGGUUAUCUCACCAUACAAGAAUCUUUGACUUACACUGCUUUACUCGCACUUCAAAAGCGCUCUAACGACUUCAUCAGAAAUAAGGUAGAUGCUGUUAUGACUGAGCUGAGUCUCAGUCAUAUUGCUACUAGUGUAAUUGGAAGCCGUAUUUUUAGGGGAAUUUCUGGAGGUGAGAGGCGUCGUGUUUCAAUUGCAGCCCAGCUAUUACAAGAUCCUAAGGUCAUGUUACUCGAUGAACCAACUACAGGACUGGACUGUGUGACUGCAAAUCAGAUCGUCUUGUUGCUUUCGGAACUUGCACGCAAAGACAGAAUUGUGAUUAUUACAAUUCAUCAGCCACGGUCAGAACUUUUCAGAUUAUUUGACAAAAUUGCCAUCAUGAGUUUUGGAGAAUUGGUUUUCUGCGGGGAUCCUUCAGAAAUGAUCACAUUUUUUAGUGAUUGCAACUAUGCCUGUCCUGAACAAUCAAAUCCUUUUGACUUUUAUGUGGAUCUGACAUCUGUGGACACACAAAACAAAGAACGUGAACUAGAAACCUACAGAAGAGUUAACAUAAUUACAUCUGCCUAUAAAAAUUCAGAGAUCUUUCGCAAGACUUUGGAGACCAUUGAAGGAGCAAAACGCAGGAAAGACCUUCCAGCAAUACCAUUCAAAAGCAAAGACUCACCUAGUGCAGUUUCCAAACUAUGGAUUCUCUUACGAAGGACAACAAGAAACUUCUCCAGAGAUAAGAUUGGCAUCAUCAUGCGUCUUUCUCAGAAUCUUUUGUUUGGCCUCUUUAUAGCAUUUUUCCUUCUCAGACUGAAGAAUGAUCUUCUAAAAGGAGCACUGCAAGAUCGUGUGGGGCUCAUUUACCAGUGUGUGAGUGCUUUGCCUUACACAGGAAUGCUCAAUGCUGUUGCCCUGUUUCCUCCAUUACGUGCUAUCAGUGACCAAGAAAGCAAAGAUGGCUUAUACCAGAAGUGGCAAAUACUGUUAGCAUACAUACUACAUUUCCUGCCCUUCAGUAUUAUCAGUGUGGUGAUUUUCAGCGUCUUUAUAUACUGGACUGUAGGAAUGAACCCUGAUGUUUCCAGAUUUGGAUGUUUCUUUGCUGUUAUGUUAGUACCUCAUAUAAUUGGGGAACUACUAACACUUGUUUUGCUUGGUAUGGUUCAAAACCCAAAUAUAGUCAACAGUGGAGUGAUGCUACUUAACACAGCAGGAGUGCUAGUUGGAACUGGGCUUGUAAGGCGCACAGAAGACAUGUCUAUACCUUUUAAAGUUCUAAGUUACCUUACAUUCCAAAAAUACAGCAGCGAGGUUCUUACAAUCAAUGAAUUUUAUGGAUUAAACUUCACAUGUGGUGGCUCCAAUAUUUCUGCAGGAGUUGGUGCAUUGUGUGUUUUUCCCCAGGGUAUCCAAUUCAUUGAGACAACCUUUCCUGGUGCAAUGUCUAGAUUCACAACCAAUUUCUUAAUGUUAUAUGCUUUCCUACCACUACUGGUCAUUCUAGCAAUUGUGAGUUUUAAAAUAAGAGACAUAAUUGUCAGGCAAUAAAAUGUUAGCAAUUCUAAACAGGCUGAACAGUUCUAUAUACCAAACCCUGAAGUAUUUGAAAACAUUAUUGGGCAAACUAGUACCCAUCAUUUUGUUGUCUUUCUAAAUUACAGCAAAUGAUGAGUGAAUUACAAUCAGACUGUUCAUAUCUUUUUCCUUUCAGUUAACAGUUUUUCCUCCUCUUGGAAGCAAUACUAUGAAUGUAUCAGUAAACCCUUAAAAUAUUUAUGAAUUAAAAAUACCCAAAUGUGUACUUCAUAAACUGAAAUAGUGACGAGGAGUCCUGUAGCAAACAAAUCUGAUAUUAGGAAUGGCAACAUACAAAAACCUGUAGGAGAACACUUCAAUCUUCCUGGACACACAA